AUGCAGUUACGUUCAAGAGGCUGGCAGGCUCUUCGUUGUGCUCCCAAACCACGCUUUUAUUCUUCAUCCCAACCGCCACCAUGGCGACCCGCCUCCGCAGUGGAUGAAUGGGUGGAGCGCCCUAUCCGCCCCAUUAGUCUUCGCCAGUUGACCUUCUUUGGUCGUACAUUAACCGAGCCACGGCUGAUCAGUUCGGCAAAUUAUGUGCGGACUGAGCUACCCACCCGUCUGGCACACCGACUGCGAGAUAUUCAGCAGCUGCCAUACGUGGUAGUCUCCAACCCCCACCUAUCCCUCGUUUACGAGUUGUACUACAAGGCCUUUGAACGAUUUCGAGUGAUUCCUGAGAUUUGCAGCUUGGAUGAUAAUGAUCGGUUCUGCGAUGUGCUUAAAGAGAUGCUAAAGGAGCACCUGGUGGUCAUCCCCAACUUGGCCACCGGGGUCCUGGAAUGUCGCGAGCUAUUUCCACCUGAUGAGAUGGAUCGAUUUAUGAACACCCUGCUGCGAGCGAGGAUAUCUCGUCGCGUUAUUGCAGAGCAACACCUAGCAUUGACAGACACCUUUAAUUCCCCAUGGCAUUUCCCCGACUCGCACGAACGCACAGAUAUGAACGCAGACUUCGUGGCACAAGACCUGAUGCGACAAACCACUCAAUCCCCUCAGAUCCCUACCAUUAAUGUCCAGGGUCAUUUGAACGCCACGUUCCCAUACAUCUUGAGCCACUUGGAAUACAUUGUUGGUGAGUUGCUGCGCAACUCGGUGCAGGCUGUGAUCGAGAAGUACCACGAUUCUUCAGCACCGCCGCCACCAAUCCAGGUACUUAUAUGCGAAACCCCUCAACACGUCAUCAUGCGCAUUUCGGAUCAGGGCGGUGGUAUCCCACGUGAGAUCCUACCCUAUCUGUGGUCUUUCAGCAAGGGACCCCGGACACAGACGCGGCUAGAGAACCUGGGGCGGGUCCCUGCGAUGGCUGCCACAAUGCAGGAGUUAAAAGUGGGUGGGCGCAAGACAGAACCAGUAGGUUAUCAUGAGGGUUCCCUGGAUUCUCUGACCUCACGACCGCCAAACCUACGAUUAGGUAUGGGCCUGCCGAUGAGUCGGGUCUACGCUGAAUACUGGGCGGGCAGUCUGGAAUUGCAUAGUUUGGAAGGCUACGGGGUGGAUGCUUUCCUGCAGAUCUCGAAGCUAGGAAACAAAAACGAGCAAGUGACGACACGUGCAGCCAUAGAUGCUGUGUGA